UACGGAAUAACCUACACACCCUACACAGCCAGCGGAACCUGCAAAACCUCCUCCCUGAUCCACGCCGACAUCGCCCAGCUCAAAUCCUACGGUCUAAUCCGCCUCUACGGCACCGACUGCAACCAAACCGCCGAAGUCCUAUCCGCUCUCGCCUCUCCAAGGCCUAAAAACCCAGCCUCGACGCAACCAGAAACAAAAAUAAUCGCAGCCCUCCCCGACCUAAAAAACCAACAACAAAACCUCAACCUCAUCAUCACCGCCACCACGACAAACCCCACAGGCUGGACAAGAAUCCACAGCAUAGCAGUCGGCAACGAACUCCUCAACAGCGCCCAAGCCACGGCCCCGGAGAUCGUAUCCGCCGUGCAGACCGCACGAACUACCCUCCGCGCCGCGGGGUAUGACGGCCCCGUCGUCGCGGUGGAUACCGUCCCCUCCCACCUCCAGCAUCCGGAGAUUUGUCAGGUCUCGGAUUAUUGUGCUGUGAAUUGUCAUGCGUUUUUUGAUGACAAGGUUACCCCCCAGGAGGCGGGGCGGUAUGUUAGGACCCAGGUUGAUGCUCUCAGGGAGGUUCACGACGCGAAAAAAGUGGUGGUGACGGAGAGUGGCUGGCCUCAUGCUGGUAUGGGGAAUGGGGUUGCGGUGCCUUCGGCGGAGAAUCAGAGGGUUGCUGUUCGGGCUUUGAGGGAGGAGUUUCGGUUUGGGGGUGAGGGUGAGGAAGGGGACGUGGGCUUGGUUUUGUUCUCUUCGUUUGAUGAUCUUUGGAAGGUUGAUAAUGCUUAUACCUUUGGGGCGGAGAAGUUUUGGGGCAUUCUUGGGCAUUAG